CGGCGAAGGGAGGAGCCCGGAAGUUGUUGCUAAAAAAGUGUGACGGCUAUAGCGGCUCUUUGUGUAGGCGGCUUGUGUGGAGGAGAAUGUUGAACGUCCCGGUUCAGUCCUUUCCUGCCCCCGGUUCACAGCAGCGGGUGGCCGUGGCUGGGCGCAGCAAGGUACCCUUAAAACCAGGCCGAAGCCUUAUGGACUGGAUUCGGUUAACUAAGAGCGGGAAAAAUCUUGCUGGUCUGAAAGGAGGAUUGAUAGAAGUGACUGAAGAAGUGCUUACCAAACAUAAUAAGAAGGAUGAUUGCUGGAUCUGUAUAAGAGGUCUUGUAUAUAAUGUUACACCAUAUAUGGAAUAUCACCCAGGCGGUGAAGAUGAGUUAAUGAAAGCAGCAGGGGCAGAUGGCACAGACCUCUUUGAUCAGGUUCAUCGUUGGGUUAAUUAUGAAUCUAUGUUGAAAGAGUGUCUAGUUGGAAGAAUGGCACUUAAACCUACUGCUUCUGUGAAAGAGCCUUGUCGCACUGUACAUGAAGAAAAGGAAGUUGUAAAUGGCGUGUUUUUGAAACCUAAAGACUUGGAUAGCAGUUCCAAAGAGCUAGUGCCCAGUUAUGAUUGGUUCCAGACAGAUGGUACAGUCACUGUCGUCAUAUACACCAAAAAAAAGGAUAUUAACACUGAGUUGGUGAUAGCUGAUCUUCAAGAAGGUCGACUGCGAGGAGAGAUAAUUGUGAAUGACUACUCAUAUCUUCUGCAUUUGGAGCUGAGUCAUGCAGUUCAUGGGGACGUUGUAGUACAGGUCUCGGAAAAAGUGGGAAAGGUGGAGUUGAUCCUGAAGAAGACAGAGACUCUCCCUUGGAAAAAACUUGGACAACCACUGCAGAGUCAUAACUCUUUUGUCAAACGCGCUGACAGAGGCUUGUUCUUCAGAAAUUGCAAAUUGAUAUCAAAGUCCAGUGCCAGUCAUGACACUAGGCUGUUGUGUGUAAUGUUACCAGCAGGAACUCAUCUCCAAGUUCCAGUUGGGUGCCACCUUUACCUCAAAAAAACAAUUACAGGUACAGAGAUAGUGAAACCAUACACACCUGUGACAUCUUCCUUGGUAUCAAAAUUCAGAGACCCUUCUCAUAGUGAUAAGACACAUAUAUAUUUCAUGAUCAAAAUUUAUCCCAGUGGACUUUUUACACCAGUGCUUGACUGUAUACGCACAGGGGAGUACAUUUCUGUGAGUAAUCCUGAAGGCAACUUCAUAAAGCCACAGACUGAAGAUGUAGAAGACCUAUUUUUACUUGCGGCAGGCACAGGAUUCACACCAAUGGUCAAAUUGCUGAACUAUGUUUUGACAAGCAGCAGUAACCUCAGGACAGCAAAGCUGAUGUUUUUCAACAAAACGGAAGAUGAUAUACUUUGGAGAAGUCAGUUGGAACAGUUAGCCGUUAAUGACGAAAGAUUUGAUGUUCAGUUUGUUCUCUCUGAGCCAAACAAAGGAUGGACAGGGAAACAAGGGAAAAUCUCUUUCCCUCUUGUCUCUCAGUUUCUGAAAAGAAGUAAAGACAAUUCUAAGAUGCUUAUUUGUAUCUGUGGUCCAUUACCUUUCAUGGAACAAGGAAUACAAAUUUUGCAAGACCUUGGAACCUCCUGUGAAGAGAUACAUUGUUUCAGAGCCUAAAAAGCAAAGAUGAAAACCUCAUUUUGUGUAUUUAACUGUCUUCAUAUUUAUCUUUUUUGUUUGUUUGUUUGAAUUCUUGGGGGGAAAUGUUAUGCAUGAACAUCUUGUUCUUGUGUUAUUACUUGAAUAUUUGGGGAAUAAAUUUAUAUUCUGCUGCUUCAAAAUUAUAUUUUUGCUACUGUGUAAAAACUUAACAAGAAUAUAUUAGGGAUAAAUAAAUAAGUGUAAUUCUGAUGUGUCCUAAGCAAUAGGAACACUGCCCUUGUCAGAUAAAAGAUUAGUAGCAUCUCUUUGCACUGAUUUCUUUUGGCUGUAUAGGCGCCAGAGACUUCCUUUAUUAGAACCUCAUUAUUGUAAAAUGGCUUGUUAGCAAUAGAGUAUGAAUUUUAUACAUUGCACUGCUAACUCAGGAAAACUGUUUGGUUACAGUACAAUCUUACUGAUAUCAAAAAGCUGUAGUAUUUUAGAUUAGUGUUUUGUCCCUGUAGAUGACACUCCAAAUAUCCAUUUUGUAUCCUAAAUUACCUUUUGUAUAAGUGAAAUAAAAACAAGAGAGCAUUACAUUAAAGUCAAAUAUAUUUUUAUUAUUU